AUGUUGGACAUUGAAAACCUAUUAUUUCACAUCUGCUUUAAUCAAGAGAUUUUCCUUGCUGAACUGCCCUCCAUUAGUCGACGUGGUACACGUUACUGCUCCAAAAUUACUUUUUUGCCCUUCAAAGGUGAGAUGAUGCCUAGUCUCUUGUUUCCAGUCUCUACUCUCGAGGAAAUCGAGUUUCGGAUGAGAAUUAUGAUUCCUGGUCUAAGUGCUUCUUUUUUCCUUAGGAUGAGGGAAGCCCUCACGUUAUCAACCAAAUGUCGAGUUCAUAUAGACAUCUCCUUCAAAAAUCAUGACCUACAACCAUUUGAGAUCGCCAUCGAUGAACUAAGAACUAGGCGCCCAUUCCCUCCCGCUAUGAAUGUGGAACUGUCUUUUAUUACCAAUGGUGAUUAA